AUGGCAUCACUGGAGGAGUUCAAGAUCACAAAGCUCAACCGCGACGAUUUCGACGAGUGGGCUGCUCUAUUUAGAGCUUACAUCGACUUCUACGAGACCAACAUACCCGAGGAGCAAUUUAAGAAGACUUUCGACCGAAUCUUGGAUGCAGAUAGCGACCUGUAUGCUCUCGUGAUGCGUCAGCAGCCAGCUGGGUCGGCGAGUGGCAAGAUGACUGCGAUCGCGCAUUUCUUUCCUCAGCAAACACCGUGGAGCGAGAAGAAGAUCAUGCUUUUGAAUGAUCUUUUCGUUGAUCCCGCGUUGAGAGGAAAAGGUCAAGGUCGGAGAAUGAUUCAAGCGGUGAUAGAGGCUUCAAAGGAGAUGGGCUGCUCCCGUCUUCAGUGGCUGACCAAACAUGACAAUAUUACUGCUCGUCGACUUUAUGACACAAUAGCCGAUGCUUCCUUUGUUCAAUACCGGAUGGGCCUGUAA